UGGAACCCGCCAUUGCAACAGCCACCAAUGCUGGAGAGACCAACAUCAUGGAAACAGAAGUCAUUGUUAGUGGUCUUUCGCCUGGAAGUGAGGUCAACGAAAUGACAGUUCUUCUUCUUUCCAGCGGCGGGGGCACAACAACUUCUGCAUGUGAAGAGGUGUUCGCCACAAUUUAUAUGGAAACUGAGCAGAUGCUUGCUGACGUGGAUGACAACGAUAGUGGUGCACGAGGGAACAACGUUGAGAUAGAGAAGGUUGGUGGAGAGAGAAACGAGGAAGAUGUUGGCAGCGAGGGUCCUCACAUAGGAUGCAUUGUCACAGAUGCAAAUGUGACAAAGACAAUGGCAGGAGAUAGAUACCCGUACGAUGUGAAUUGGGUGCCAGGUCGUGUUCAGCCAGGUAUCGUUGGAGGUGUGCAUUGCUUUGCUUUCAAGGUUGCUGAUCAGUGGGUUGCUGUUCCUGCCCCAAAGAAAGAGACAUGGCGUAACGUAUGUCUGUCAUUUAUCUAUGAAAGAGUGUUGAGGCUGAAUGAUGGGGCACCGACCCACGAUGCUUGCCGAUACGCAAUGGAGAUGUACCGUGUUCUACAGGCAAAGGACAGAGAAGCGACUGCAGACGAAAAGGAGGCGGUGACAUUCCGGCCACGCGAUGCACACAUCUUCGACCCGCCACUUGGCAAUCCUGUCGAGUUGGCCCUGGCUGAAGGAACGGUGUUUGGUGGUGAGAAGAGCAUCACAUAUGUCCACGUAAGGGGGAAAGAAGCCACAUUUGAUGGCAUCUGUAUGGACGUAUGGGACCAUGUGGCAAUGCGGAAGGAUGUGGUUGCAACCAGUAACAUUGCGGCCCAUGUGAUUCAAGAAGGGCAGUUGUACCAGCAUGUGGGUCGUGACAUGUACGGGUACCAUGUAAAUUGGGUAGUACCUGGCUCUUUGCAUCCAGCAGUUGUUGAUGGCAAAGUGACACUGGCAGCAAGAAUGCAAUCUGAUACACAACAAAGAGAAUAUGUGGAGAUGACUUCUUCUUACGAUUCCAACAUGAUUCGUGUUGUUGAUGAUGAGCCCAGACAGCGCCGGGCAGAUAACUUCUGCACAACCAUCAUGUCGAUGUCAUCGGCACAGGCGAGGACAACUAUUAAAGAGGUGAUGCAAUACGCGGAGGAGGACAUCCACUACGAUGACGACGGGGAGCUCCGACUACUCACGGAGAGAGUGCCGAGUUACUUCGAUGUCAGAGUGAACAUUCGUGCAAGCAUCGCUGCGAACGGAGAGGAGUCGCUCAGAUCACGGAUGCUAUUGGCACGGUUCACUGAGGCGCAUGAUUUGCGUGUAGAUAACACUGCUGAUAGCAGUGCAUACAGUUUGAGAAAAGUGGUUGGUUGGAUGUGCACAGAAGGGAUGUCCGAUGAAGGCGACGUGGAUAUGACAAAGCAGCAGAAGGGUGGAACAUACGUGCCAACCGAUUUCAAGCAGACGCUGAUGACACAGGCGAAGAAAUGGGGAAUGCUUGUUGAAGGUUCUAAGGACGAGAUGAAGAGUGGUGCAACAGAAAUUUUAGUACUCUCGCGUUUGAAGGACAUACCGCAAGCUCCCCCGCAAGACUUCCAAGAACUUCCAGUAAUUAUUGCAAACGGGGUGGAGUAUGUUUUACUCAACCAACUGGUGGAUUUCAUGAAAAAGAAACCUGACGAUCGGAAUGUCAUACAUGAGGCAUUGCAUGAUGUGACAGCGCAAGCACUGGCGGGCAAGGACCUCAUUACGUACAGGGUGCGAAGUGUGGACGAUGAUGUCGUAUGUGGCACUCCAUUGUGGGAUGAAAUGUUCAUGGCAGCUUUGCAUCGCCUCAGCAUUGCGACUUCUGAGGUGGACAGAAAUAGGUUAAGGGAAGAAGGAUGGAAGUUGGUGGCCAGGGAAGCAGAUGUUGCACUUCAUGCAGCAGAUGGACACGCUUCAGCAGGCGAAGAAAUUGUGAGAACAACCUCCAUCGUGCGUUCUCCAAUAAACACAAUGUCGACGGAGGAGAUAGAAGAAGAAGAUGUGUUCAAUGAGUGGACAAUGACAAAACAACAACGGGAACGAGGGUUUGAAGACUCUUCUUUACCGAUCGAUUUCGAACAUGAGAUCGAAGAAACAUGAUUGAUCAACAAUGAAAAAGAUGCGAGGGCGCCUGACGAUGAGGUGGAAGUGUUCUAGUGCUCGACAAGGGUGUACUCUCUCUCUCUCUCUCUCUCUCUCUCUCUCUCUCUCUCUCUCUCUGCGAGGGUACAGCAGAAAAACGUUUUUCUUUUAUAAAUGUUUCAACAAAUCCGCACUUAUUAUGGUAUAAAUGAUUUUCUUUUGUAAAUGUUUCAACAAAUCCGCACUUUUAUA